AUGGCCGACAACUUCAUCGGCGCCCGCAUCUCCCUCACCUCCAUGCGGGGUGUGCGGUACCUCGGCACACUUCAUUCCUUCUCAAAGGAUGACAGUACCAUCUCCCUCUCUGACGUGCUCUCCAUGGGCACAGAACACCGCAGGCCGCAGAACGAGUACAUCGCUCCGUCCGAGCGCGCAUAUCCGUUCAUCGUCUUCCGCGUCAGCGACGUAGCGGACGUGAGCGUCGAGCAGCCCGCACCGCCCCAGGCGAUCAACCAGGUGCCGGAGGACCCAGCCAUUGUCGCUCCGGGCUUCCCUCCCGGUCCCUCUGGGGUUGGUCCUCUCCCAGGAGGCCGCCCACUGCCACAAGCACCUGGACAACCCCUUCCUGCACCUUCACAAGGCCCGCUCCCCGUACCUGCUCCCGCUCCCCACGCCCCUAUUCCUGCAUCUCAACCCAUCCCUGUGCCUCCCGCGCCGCUCGCUCCUGCCCCUGUGUCUCAAGCUCAGGCGCCUACCACCGUCGAAGCUCCAAAGCCGCGCCACCCACAGCCAAAGGGUGCACGUGUCCCCUCCCGCUCCCGCUCGGGGCAAGCCGUAGCAGUAAAUGCUGAGAGCGCUUCUGUUCGCGCAGCCAGUGCGAGCUUGGAGAAUGUCGAACGAGCUUUGGAAGGGCUGAGGUUGGAGAGGGAGACUGAGGCGCGACAGGGUCCACCUUCAGCUGGGCACAAGGGCCCCCCUCCCUCUGCUAAUGGCGCCAGCUUUCCGGUUCGUCCUGCGAACGGCACUGCUGCUGGAGAAGGGGACACCCGCGCACGCAACAGACGGCGAACCAGGCCGCCUCAUCCUACCUCUGGCACGUUCGGCACCCAGACCCGCGCUCCUCUACCCGCAGCAGACUUCGAUUUCUCCGCAGCCAACUCGCACUUUGACAAAGCGGCUUUGUUUGCUGAUGUGGUCGGCGACGAAGAAGGCUCUUAUUCGAGCGAUCUCGAGGAAGGCGAAGAGGGAGAAGUGGAGAGCGGGACCAAGUCCCCCGGAGAGGGAAAGGACGCCGGAGGGAAGAAACUCAAGAGCCCGGUAUACGACAAGUCCAAGUCGUUCUUUGACCAGCUGUCGGAAGCGGCGCCUCCCAGUAGCGGGCCGGACCCUGCUCAUGCCCCUGCAGCCGGUAGGGGGAGGGGCGGAUCCCGAGGCAGGGAAAGGAGAGAACAGGAGAGGAAUUUGAAUAUGACUACGUUUGGGGAGGCGGGGGUGGGGAGGUACGGCGAUGGUGUGAAGGUUGGUCUGGGCAUGGGCGGGUAUGGGUGGAGAGGCGGCAGAGGGAGGGGGAGAGGAAGGGGAAGGGGCAGGGGUGGCCCGAGGGGCGCUCCCGCACAAGCACCAGUAGCGUCCUGA